AAGAAUAUUACACAUUUUUGAUCCAAUCACUCUCACGGAAGAAAAAAAAAGUAAUCUAAACCUUCCUAAGUUCCUAAACACAUUAUGAUGGUAUAAUAAUAAAUAUCAGCUUUGCAGACUGACAGGACUUUAGAGAAUUUGUUGAGGGCAUAGUUCAUAUUCAAUUAAGAAAUGAGUAUGUAGCCAGUAUGGUGGAAUAAAUAAGUCUAGUACACACUAGUUCGUACAAAGCCAGAUCAUUGGAAUUAGAAGAGAUAAUAAGGACUAAGUGAUGAAUAUGAGUCACUCAAGCUGCACUGUGAACGGAGGCGUGAAGCCAACUGUAGCAUGCAGGCAGCAGUACUCUCCGCUCUGCCAGCACUGGGAAAAGGGAGGAUUCAGAGAUCCGCAGCUCAUGACCGCCUUCAGUGUGUGUAGCCUGAUUUUUGUGGCGUUACCGAUAGCCUUAAACACCUCCAGCAGCAUCACUCUGCUGUGGACGGUCGCUUAGGAAGCAUCGAUUAUUCGGCGUCGUUUCUGGUCAGGAUUGUCCUGCAGUGACCACCGACUGACUGCUGGACUGCAGCGAGCAUUUGAACCCCCAUCAGUGGUGCCCAGCGUACCCCGAGAGCUCAGACAUGCCAUCUGUGUCGACUGGAAACGUUGCGGUGUGCUCCGAAAUUCGCUUUACUACUUGAGGGAAUCAAAGUUGGUGCAAUGGAGACUUCCGGGAGUGAUGCGGCGGACGCGUACUUAAGAAAAGCCGAAGACAGAGAUUACGAUCUUGAGCAUCUGCCUCCACUGCUGGAGGAUGAGGAAAAUGUUUCUCUGGCAGACAUCCUUUCUUUGCGGGACAGUUGUCUGUCUGAGGAGGAGGUGUGGGCAGUGUGUGCAGAGUGUGUUCUGGCCCUGCAGAGCAUCAGACCCUCCCACCUCUUCCACACACUGUGCAUAACACCAGACACUUUGGCCUUCAACGCCCAUGGGAAUGUUUGCUUCAUGGAGCAGCUCAGUGACGAUCCAGAAGGCUCCUUCGUGCCGCCUGAGUUUGACAACACUGGCAGCACGUUUGAGGGCCAUGUUUAUUCUCUGGGCUCUACGCUUUCUGCCGCACUGAACUUUGUCAUCGAGCCAGAGCUGGAGGCAGAUCUGGGAGAAGAAAUCCAGAGGCUGCUGGAGCAGAUGCAGGAGGAGAAGCCUGAGGACCGGCCGCUCCUGCAGGACAUCCUGUCUCUGGCCGAAGGACGGCUGUCCCGCACCUCCUCUGCAGCUGUGUGCCGCAAACUCUCCUCAGUUGGACGACGCGUGCUCUCCAUUGAAUCGGUUUCAAACUUUCAAGAUGGGCAGGAGAGCUCCUGGGAGGCGAGAUGGCAGCAUUCCAAACCUAAAUGUCUUCUUAAAAGACUGAGCUCAGAUGACAACACCAAAGAUCAGCAUGACAGUUCUGUUAAAACAAAUGGUCUGUCCAGGCAGCAGCUGUGUGGGGGCUGGGAUUCCUCUCUCUGGGCUGAGGACAUGGAGGGCAGUGAAAGAGACAGCUUGAUCUUGACAGAUGAGAUGGAUUGCCGUUCUCACAACAGCUCCCCAGUGAGGAGGAGAGCACAGCAGAGGCUGAACAGAGUGAGGGGGGCCCUUAACCGCUCCUGUUCUGUCCCGGACUCCAACAACCCCCCCUGCUUCUCCCCUCCAAGUCACGGAGACAUCAGUAUACCGGUUUCAGACCUCACUGAGAUAGGAGCAGACGAGCACUUGAGCUGCAAGUCUGUGUGGAGUAACAGACUUCAGAGAUUCAGCCGGGGAAAGUCCUGUGAGACGUACCCACACUGUAACAGUGAGGACUGCUGGGAAAUGUCCAGAGAAACUGAGGAUGCUGCAGAGACUGAACACACCAAUAUUCAAGAGUGCCACGAAAGUCAGUGUGAGGAGUGCGCCCAGGACUUCAUACAGGACUUCGUGCAGGAAGUGCAGGACUCCUCAUCCUGUACUUCCCUGAACAUGGAACAGGACUCUUCUGAAGACCAGACUUCACUAAACCACAGUCUAUACAUUCCUAAUAACUACAUGACCAAAAGCAUGCUGUUCCUGAAUGAAGAAUCUCAGGAUGAGUGGAUCUCUCUAAGAGAGUUGCUUGCUCGUUGUGGACGGAGGCUGACAGUUAAUGAGCUGUGGGCUCUGUGUUACACCUGCCUAACCUCACUGCAGAGCUACAUUGACUUUCCAGCCUAUUUAUGCCUGGACACGGUGCAUGUGGGCUGCAAGGGAGAAGUGCUUUUUUUGAAACCUAAAAACAUAGGAUCUAGAGAUGAAUUUUAUCUUGCUCCUGAAUAUCAAGAGCAUGGAAUUGUAACAGAGAAGGUUUGCGUGUAUGGGGUUGCUGCCAUUCUCUGGGCCACAGCCAAGUUCAGUUUAUCACCUAAUCAAAAACUGGCGAUGCCUCGGAAAUUAAAGAGACUGCUCCUGGAGAUGGCUAAGAGGACGCCUAUCGAGCGACCUACCAUCGACAUGGCUAAAAAAAGCUGUUGUGACUACUUAUCACGCCAGGGGACAAAUGCUGAGACUGUCUGGAACAACCUCAUCAGCAGAGUUCACCCGCCAACCUUAAAAUUCUCAGAUGCAGAAGAUUUGACGACCACUGAAACAUGCCAAAAUUCAUGUGAAGAGUCUGCUGAAAACAACAGUGGCUUUGUCCCCAUGGCCACUGAGAGCCGACUGGCUCCUGUGCCUGGCCCUGUUCCCCACAGCUAUCCAGUCAAUCAGGAACUCCAGCUCCCAGAGGCCUUCACUUCCACCGCCACACACUUCACCCCCAUCAUCCUGACCAGUGAAGGAGGUUUAGAGGGGGGGGACCAGCAUUUUUCAAAUGACACUGAAGGGACUAUGGAUGGAUUCACCAAAGGCAGGGAUCAAAUUGUGAAAAGCAGCCUCGAUUUCACUCCACCCUCUGAGUACCAACUUCCUCCACAAACUGAACCCAAUCUCCAUACUCAGGAGAAAACUACAUCUUUUACAACUUCUAGCAGCAAGAUGCUGGUCGACUCCCCUUCUGCUCUCCCUGAUAUGUCUUAUCUCGAAGUCUCUGUUUCUCUGCCAUUAUCCACUAACCUCAAUGGUUGUGGUAUUUUCAAUAAUUACCUCUUUCGGCAGAACCCCACAACAGGGCAUCUUUCUCUAGUGCCUGUGCAGGUCAAGGCUCCCGAGUCUGUCCUCGGGUUGGAUAUAAAUCUCUCCUUGGUCCCUCAGCCUUUGCAGGGGCUAAUCACAGUUCCAGAGAGCAUUGAUGGUUCAUUUAUUGACUGUCUGAAUGUGCCUGUUAGGCCUGGACCACAGGAGUAUGAACCACCAUCAUCACAUUUUAGUGGAAGCUCAGUCAUUUCCGACUCCUGCAUGGAGCACAGUGUGCUUGGAGCAUACAAGGUCCAAACAAAUCCAAGAACACGAGGUGAGAACCAGUCUGCUCGAACAUCCAGCUCCCCAAACGUCCUCCCUGCCUUAAAGGAGGUGAUCGAUCUGUUGAAGGGCGAGUUUUCCCUUGAUGGAUAUUUGGACAAUGGGCAUGAGGACAUUGCCAUGGGGGAGUUCAUCUUCUCUUUGAGGGACCUCCAAUACCAGGCGUUUGCCAGCAUCGUGAAGGAGAGAUUCACUGAUCUCUACUGGGAAGAUGACUUACUGGGCGUAUUGCAUUGCUUGGUAAACUGCAGCACUUCCACACUCAGCUCUAAUGAUCAGCCUCCAUCAAAGGCUGUGAAAAGGGCAACCGUUACCCCAUCCUCAAUAGCCGGUGUCAGGAGAGGGAAGAGAGAAGUUUGCCUGAACAGCUGUCUCGAUCUGAAUGGAAACUUCCGCCCGUCCAGUCCUGUUGCUGGGGAUUUUUGGGAAGAAACCAAGGCCCAGUCCUGUCAUGCAGAAAAUAGGACUGUACUCGAGGAUGUCAGAUUGAGUUCAGAGCAAAAUCAGCACUGCAUCAGUGAAGUUCCAGGCGUGAACGCUGACAGUUCAGACUUGGGGGUCAUGGAAGGAAGAGGUCAUUCAGUGGGGGGCAGCGAUGAAAGCCCCUCUGAAGCUGAGGUUCUAUCAGAGAGAGAGGAAAGGCUUACAGGAGCCCACGAUGAGCAGAUGAGCCCAGACUGCUCCGAGGACAUGGAGGACAGCGACUCCGUGGCGUCUGAGCGGCUUCUCUCCUCCAGUUUCAGAGCAGAGGGUCUUGGCCUCAUUUCGAGCCCGGACUGGGCCUUGGCCUUCUUCGGCGAAGAGUGCUUUAGUCCCGAUGUGAUCCAGUAUGCAGGGAAUCUGGGACAGCACACAGGAUCGCCAUGUCUGGACGUGAAAGCACAGGAACUGCAGCAGCAGCUUGUAAUUGAAACAAGGAAUCUAAAGAAAACAAGAAAUUUCUACCAGAAGUUGAUUCAACAAGAGAGGAAAAACAAAGGUCCUGAGAGCAAGCCAAUGCUCUUUAAACUCAAGUCACAGCUCGAGGAACUCAGGUCCAAAGUAGCCUUCUUGGAUAGUGUGAAGAAAUACCUCGAGAUUCUCAGUGUGGACCAGUGGGGUUUGGAGCUUUCGUUGCUCCCCUCUUUGGCUGUCUGUGAACUCGAGUCGUUGGACCUCGAGUCCUCAGAGGACAUUUCAGUCUUGAGUUUUGGUACCAGCAAAGGGAAGAGCACUCUGCAGGCUGGAUCUUCUCUGGGCCUCAUGGCAUACCUCUACGCCAGAAAUGCAGCUGUGGAGGGCUACAUCCAGCAGUUCCUGUAUACGUAUCGUUUCUUCUGCACUCCUGAGCAGUUACUGCAGUUCAUAAUGAAUAAAUUCAUCUGUGCUGUAAGGGAGGGACCUGAUUUGUCAGGAGACAGUGAAAAGGUUUUCCAUCGGAGUUUGCACUUGCUUCACUUCUGGAUAACAGACUGCAGAACAGUGGACUUUGUGCCUAACUCCAGCCUCGUGGACGUGUUAGAAAAGUUCCUUAAUACUGAGGUGAUUCCUGUAGACAGCCAAGGGGAAGCCUUGCUUAUUGGUCUUCACAGCCCGCUGAGUAUGAGUGCAGCAAGCCAUCUGACAGGGAGCCUAAUCAGCUUUGACGAAGUCGAUGACUCUGGGUGUUUGCAUUCAUCUACUGAGGAUCUUGGGAAAAAGUGGAGGAUCUCGCGAGUGGUGGAGCCCUCUGCAUCCAUGUCUAAAGAGAAGGCCUUCUCCAUUGCUGUGGCUCUGCCCAUGCCUUGUCACCGCUCCCUGAUGGAUGAGCUCUCCAGCACUUGCUUGCACAAUGAAGAACGACUGCCCUUCAGCCAAAAUGAGUACAGUGCACAGCACAUAGCCCAACAGCUCACGCUCCUGCAGCAGGAAAUGUUCCAAGGAUGCCAUCCAGUUCAUUUACUGAACUCCAGAAUACAAGGAGUCAGGGACAAAGUCUCAACCCCGAACAAAAAUGUGUCGCAGCAUAUUCCACCAGCAGAGGGGAGCAGUGGGCUUGCACGUGAGGGGCCAGCUUCAGAGAGCUACCUUCAGCGGCUGCUCACGUACGCUGAUAGUGUCACUAACUGGAUCUCUGCUGAAAUAGUCAUCUGCGACUCUGUCAAGAAACAAGUUGCUCUGCUGACCAAGUAUCUGUGGAUAGGAAAGCACUGCUACGAAUCGAGGAACUUUGCCACGGCCAUGCAGGUCCUCGGAGGUCUGGAGAACGUGAUUGUCAGGCAAUUACCGGCGUGGAAACAUCUGUCGUCCAAGGUGUGUGAGAUCCUGGAGGAGCUACGAGCUGUGCAGGUUUUUCUGAAGAGUGAUGAUCUGUGUCUUAUGGGAGGUGAACAUACAACAAAGAAGCCCACGCUGCCCUCAGCCCACAUCCUGGCUAUGCACGUGCAGCAGCUAGAGAUCGGAGCUUUCACUCUCACCACCGGGGCUUACAAAUGGACCAAACUGAGGAGCAUAGCAAAGGUUGUGAGUCAGGUCCAUGCCUUCCAAGAGGCCGUGUACCCUUACAGCCCAGACCGGGACCUGCAGGGCUACCUUCGCCGCCGUAUCGCCCGGUUCACCACCUCGGACAUCCACCUCUUGGCCGCCAACAGCGAUGCCAACUUCCAGCAGUCGAGCGAGCGCCAGACACGGAGGAUCCAGGACACACUGAGGAGGGUUAAGGCCACCUUCCAGUGAGACAUGCUUUCACAGCCCGGCGUUAGAGGUCAACACCUGGAUAUGUACGAGCCCAAAGUGAGGCGCCAUGCCCAGACCACAGUGCGCAGACACUCCCUGGUCCUGAACUGGAAAAUAUUUUCUGAUAUCAAUUGACUGUUUGUCAAAAACACCUUAACUUUAGUCAGUAAUAUAGAAUCUGAGGUGAACUUAGCUCACAGCUCUGUGUAUGAACAGGUUCUGCUGUUGUUCCCACAUGCUUGAUUUUCAUGUUAGCAUUUUUUUUCCUAUAAACCAACAGGAGUAGUGGGUAAUUUUUUCUUCCUCAGCUAAUACUGACAUUCUUCUUCUGUAAUUUAGCUGUUUAAACCUGUAUGUAAGCAUAUCUGGACUAAACAUGGCAGCUGUACAAUGCUUGUCCAACACCAAGAUCGGAAUUAAAAAAGUGAGUUACUGUGCGAGGGCCUAAAACACAAAAAGCCAAAGGUUCUUUAUAUAGCAGUGUAGUAAUAUGAUCAAUUAUAAGAUAUUUAGAAUAUGCACCAUUAAGCAAAAUAUCAGCUGAUAUGUGAGGAGCCUUAAGGGGAACUUCCAAAAUGACCUUUUUUGGCACCUUUUGGAAGCAUUGAAGCAUUUGUAAAGGUUUUAUUUCUGCAAAUAUUUUUAUUUUAUACAGAAACAUUAGAAAUCCUCUCACUAGUUUCCUCAUACCAGUAGUUUGCUUUUCACUUAAAUCUCCCGACAACUAACUAACUGACUGUUACAGCUUCACCGAUUCUUAACUCUUAAUUUAGCGCCGUCGUGAGGUCAGGUUUGUUUCAUUAAUACUUCAGCUCUGGAUGUCACACUUAUUAAGUCCCGGGGCACAUACGGUAUAAUUUGAUCUUCAAUGAGUACAAUUUUCACGUCAUAACCUUUAUUAAAAAAAAAAGCUUUUCCACACUAAGUAAAGCUGUCAUCAUCCUUUAAUUACAAUUUACAGAUAACAGCAGAUCUAUGAAGUCGAAAAAAGCUUUUGUAACUUGUGGUUCUUUUAUGAUUCAAAUAAUUUUUCUAGAUAUAAAAUUGCUUUUUCAUUUUCUGAUACAUUUUUACUACAGUGGAGUUAUGCUAGCACUGCAUGAACACACCAGGGAUACUAGUGCAUUUUAAUAAAAGCAGAAAGAAGAAGUCAUUAAUGAAUUCACAGCAAUUUCUAUACUUUGGACUGCAGUGGAGCCUCUGGCAGCAAGUUCUGGUUGCAUGCUUGACAUUUCUGCUUUGAGUUUAGAGCAGACUAAGAAAACUUUGUGUUUACAUGUAACUCAAAUUUAACAAGACAUUAAACUUUGAGCGUAAAAUGUGGCUUGCAAACUUUAACACUAGCAGCAGUGUCAUUGUGAGCAUGUUGGACUGCUGACGUUAGCAUUUAGCACAAAGCACCGAUGUGUUGUGGUUGUUAUAAGAACUGGACGCUGGAUUCAAAGACAGUUCCUCCUCAGCAGCAAUUAACAUGCCUGUCAGCCCAUAAGAGAAAAAGACACUAUUUUCAGGUAAAUGAUGUCGUCGUGUCACUUCUUUGGGAUUUUUAUUUUAACCAGAACUGCUCUGGCUACAGUGUUAAUCAAACUGCUUGGACUUGGUCAUAAAUUCUCUUCAUUAUGAUUUUUAUUGAUCUCAGCUCGAUGAUUAAACCACAAAGACGGUCUCCGCAGUUUCAAUCUUUUAAUAGGUACAGUAAGAAAAUGCUGCUGUAGUUGAGCACUCAGUGAUGCCAACGACAUCAAAAAGUUUCAGAAUCUCUGGAAAGCAGUGAGCACUGAGCGGGAACCUUUUCCUGUUUCGAUUGACACGACAUUUAAUUUAGACGCUUUUAAUAUCAUUGGAAAUGCAGUUCCUCAAAAUGUUCUCGGUUCCUUGGAACUUGGGAGAUCCAAGUUCUGUUCUGAAGGGAAUUCAUAUGGUUUUCUACACAAACGUGACUGAAAUAACUGUGAAAACACAAUGAAAGAGAGAACUGUGAUUCUGCACAAAUAGCAGUCACAAUGUAAAGUGAAUGCGAGAUUAUUGAGGACUCCAUUAUUUCAGCUGAUAUUGUGCGUACACGGUGCAUAUACCAAAAUGAUUAAAGGCCCGCGUUUCAUUAUAUCACCACACAGCAAAACCUGCAGAGCAUGAGUAAUUGCAUCAGAGGAAAGUAGUGGAGGUAAAUAGGUUGCAAACUUUGAAUCCAGCCAUGUCAGUAAUUCAAGUGAAAUAAAGCACGAUUAUUUCUUUUCUUUUUUUCUUUUUCUUUUUUCCUUUUUAAAGUUCAACACAGAGGUGGUACGAGAUUAAGUGGCACAGUUUGGCUCCAGUUGUCCCCGCAGAGGGAAGGCUCGCUUCAGAUCCAAAAAUGUGUUUCUGAUUGAUCACCUUAUUUUUUUGUAUGAAAAAUCCUUUCUAUCUAUUAUGAGAUUUCUCUUAUCCAGUAUUGCAGCGGGCCCAUCCACUGCUCCUUCACAGUCAGCAGAUCUCAACCUAAUUGAGGGGACAUUGCAGUCUGAUGCAUUCUCCAAAACACCAAAAGAGGGGAUGGUCUUUGGGGGAAUGGUUUUCCAUCCCUCCAGUAGCUUUCCAGACACCUGAAAAAUCAAUGCCAAGGAGCACUGAAGAUAUUCCUGUGACACAUGGUGGGUGAACACCUUUCUAAAACACUUGAUGUUGUUUUUCCUCUCGCUGGUCACAAGCCUAUAGCUUCUAUUUGUUUACCAAUUAGGAUUUGAAAUAAGAAUUACAUGACUAGAUUGAUAAAUUAAAAUAUAAUAAUCCCAUUUAAACAGCGCCAUGUGUAGUAAUUGCAUUCAUUAAGAAUAGCGUGUGGUGAAAUGCAGAAAGACACGCUCACAGUCGUGACAAAAACUUGCCAUUACCGAGCAAAUGAUGGAACAUAAUGAGAUGUCGGCAUGCAAAAUGUUACUCGAGGAAUGAUGUUCAGCCUGUGUCUGCUGUCUGUUCUCGCACUCGGUGAAACCCAGCGUGGAGAUGGAAUGUGACGUGCUAUGACGAUUUGCUUAAUAUGGCCAAAUAAAUGAGAUUUUAUAAACCUUCUCUUGCCAGAGCUCAUUAUUGUCAGACAACAUCCGUGAUAGAUUGGCCGUAUGGCAGGUUAGAGUGCUGUUGUAUCAGGCAGAGAAUGUGAGCUGUUGCUUGGGUUUCCCUCUUCCUGCAGUUUACAGGAUUAAAAUGUCAUUUAUAGUGUGGGGAGUUAUAUUAUGAUGGCUACACUAAGUUUUAAGAUGAAGUAAACCUUCUGACCACAAUCUGCUUUUACAUUUGUAUAUUACUCACCAAGCAAGCGUGCCUAUCUGCACUGCACAUACUGUAAAUCAUACUGAUAACAGCCGUCAUUUCAGCCAUUUUUUGAUCUUAGUAAAAGCUAAUAUGUGAGAUGAAUGUGCAGAAAUCAGACGACUGUAGAAGUAAAGCUCAGUUUUCCCUCCAACUAGGUGUUUCAUAUAAAUAUGAAAUGACUGUACACAGCACUGAAAUAACUCCUAAAAAACGAAAUGUUUCAUGUUUUGUGCUCCAUUAAUUUUGGCAGAAAGUCAUUCACUGGCAAAUCAGUUUUUAGUAUGCUAUCCUGCAAACCGGAGGGUACUGAAAUUCCAUUUAAUCCUUUUUUUUUAGGCACAAAUAUUCAGAUAUUUAUGAGCAUCCUUUGUGAUGAACUGUGUCCUACAGCUGUUGUCUCUGACAUCUCGUAUGGACGUCUGGGGAUAUCGGAAACAUGUCAUCCGUUCAAAGCAAAUCUAAUAUAAGCUCAGUGGGAUUUUAAGCAUGCAAGAGACUGUGGUGGAGUGUAAGACUGCUGAGGCAUAAUUUAGGGGUGCUCAGACUUCAUACAUCUGCUUUACAUUUAACUGAAAAAAAUUCUCACUUUUUACUCUAUUUAGGAUUUUCCAGUAAAAUAAAAUACCAGUAAUAGGAUAUAUGGUUCAGUAAUACACUGCAGCCCACCUAUUGCCCACUGGGUAAUUGGGCAAUAGAUCUUUCACAGUGUGUCAUGGAUAGUUAAACAGUUAUCCACCAGUGAUCCAGGGUCUGAUGACUAAAGGCUUCAUUUAAACCAGAAGGUCCUAAAUGCCUUUAUUUCCUGUGUGAGUUUUUUUAAACAAAGAUUGAUGCUCCAGCUGCUCAAGAAUAAACUAAACCAGCUGAGUGACUUUAUCCAAGCUAGUGACCCACUAAGAAAAAAAAUGAAUACAGUCAGUGCGGCUGUUGCUCUGGGACACACAGAGGCAGAGCUCUCAGGGAGACAGAGCUGAGGAAACAGGCUCAGCGUGCAGGCGAGGUCCCGGGCCUUUUUCAUUGUUAUCUGACGCGAUCGGGGCGCAUCUUCAAAGCUGAGGAGAUAAAGAGACCGCAAAGACUGAAUGGACUCCUGCCUUCACAACGACAGAUUGCCGAUAAAGGAGACAACUAGGACCAGCCUCUUAUCUGCUUUGUUAUAUAACUAAACGAUCAGUUAAGCGGCAUUGUCACCGAGCUGCUGCCUGUGGAGAUAUCUCAGCAGAGAGCCAGUCCCACAGGUUUGGCGCUUUCUCUGGGAAAGCUGUCUGUCUGGUUAUUUGGCACCUAGCUGACAUGAGGCAGGACUGUCAUUCUUCAACUACUAGAUAGUAGACUACACCAGCGAGUAAAAGCUUAUCCUACUGGAAAGCGUUUGGAUAGUAAACACCCUUUAGAAGUACUUAUUUUUAUAUUUAAUAUCUAUGUGUGGGGAUCAGUUGAAUUCUUUUCUCUGGGCCUGUUCGCCCUCUCCACAGCUUCCUCGCAGCUUGUUUUGGCAUAUUUGCAUGUGAACGAGGCGACAAUCGGCCUUAAUUGUGUUGCUACUGUAAUGCCUUUGAUCUGUAAUGUUUGAAGUGCCUUUGCCAAGCGCUGGUUCUUGGGUAACUGGCGCCAGCGCUGGCCGGGGUAUCAAACACAUGUCAAUAUGAAACCACUGGAGACCAUUGUGUUCUCCAUCUGAUUGCAGUGGGAGCUUGAGGGUUACAGGCACAAAUGUGACGAGAGCGUUAGAAAUGGCUUCCCAAAUUUAGGUGCUGCCCACACCAUCUUGUUUGUUAAAUGUUGCUUUCUGCCUGGUUACUAUCAGACGUCUCUUAGGGAAUUAUUGUUUACGCUUCCAUCUUGUUAGCAAACUGGAUAAGCAGGGAGCUCAGAGGCCCAGCCUGUGAUUUCAAAUGGAACUGUCAUGAGAAAUUGAGCAAAUACACCUUUCCUCCUUAACAAAGCACCAUAACUGUUUAUGUUUUGCGCAUAAAAUUGUCAGAAACAGCUACUAAGUAUAACUGAAAAUGUACACAAUUUGUUUUAACAGUGUUUCCAUUUUUAUUACUUUAUGUCGUUUAUAUUCAUGUUUUCAUUUUCUUCAGAAACUACUUAACUGAAAGUAAUAAAGACCCACUUACACAAAUAUCAGUAUCGAAAUAUACUUUAGUGCAGAAUAAUUAUAAUGUGCGUAAUAUAAUUAUCACUAAAGUGUGGGAAGCGGUUUGGGUUAACUGUCAUAAUUUAAAGAGAAUUGGGCAACUUCAGAUUCCAUGUGCUGUAAAAGUAAUAAAAAGGGUUCAAAAUGUAACAAUGUUUAAUCACCUAAAGUGAAAGUUGCUAAAGCUCAUACACUGUGAAUCCUGACUUAAUGAAUCUAAUGGUAUUAUCUAAAAGGAAAACUGAGCUGUAGCUUAGUCUACUGUCUGCACGCGCAGCAACCUGAUUUAGCGCCAAAAUGCCUGUUAGAAACAACAUGGGUCCUUUAAUGUUUGUUUUUUUCAGCUGAAAUAUUAACAAAAUAUCAUCCAUGUAAGCAACUAUAUUUAUACAAGUAGCAAAUGCUGAAAUAUCAUUUUGAGUGAGGCUCCUAAUUUCACUUUGAGUUCAGAGACAUGCAAGGACUCAAAGGUUUCCACAGACUAGACGGCGCCAGGUCUUGACACACUCACAGGAUAUGUAAAGUCAUUAUCCCACAAUCAUUGGAAUCGAUCAGGCAUUAACAAGGGUCCCUACAUAUGCAAAUACGAUUAGGGGCUGACCCCCAAUAAAAGCCGACCGUGGCCAGCACAGGCCCUCUCAAACUUGGCGGAUUUACAUGUCACAGCUCCACUGUGAACAUGGUGAAAUACUUUUCUGUUGACUGGCUAGCCCAGAACCAUCACAAUAACAUUCAGGGGCACUGUGCUGACAUGGACACGACCCUUACCUGCAAACCUCACAUUCCCUGCAUGGUGCAGCCAAGCCCACCGCCCAUUGGCAAAGGUUACCUGCAGAUAAAGUCCAAAGCAGUUAAACGCUUCGAACACUCGGGGCCAGCGGAGAGCUGCGGGGCCGAGGACUCAACACUGUGCUCGCCACUGGAUUCAUCAAGCUGCACCCCACCGAGUAAGUACCCAACAUCUCCAGGCUUUAAACAGCAUAGUCGAGCUUUACGCAGAAGAUGAGUUUGUAACGCUUUUCCUUCUUUUAGUUUGUGACGUCAGCGAGUACCUCUGCGGGUAUGAGAGCGACCGAGUUUCCCCGGAUAGACUCUCCGUGGACGAGGGGAACGAGGGGAGAAAAGACGCGGGACCCCAACGCCGAGUUCGCACAAAGUUUUCGUCCGAGCAGAUCAAAAAACUGGAACGGAUAUUCAUCAAACAGAAAUAUUUGGAUUCCGGGGAGAGAGAGAAGACGGCACAAAAGCUGAACCUCACAGAAACUCAGGUGAGGACCUGGUUUCAGAACCGAAGGAUGAAGCUGAAACGGGAAUUCCAAGACUAUCUCACUCCCCCAGUCCCGCCGGUCAUUUUUCAGCCUCUGUCUCCGGUUCAGUACCACAGCAUGGCUGGACAUCUACCCCAUUACUCUCCUACGGGUCAUCCCUUUUACUCAUUACCUGUCCCGCAGUUGCUCCACCAUCAGCACAUGCCUCCUCACUACCCUCAUCGAACAAUGAUACACCACCCACAUUUCUACUGAGGAACUGUCACUUUAGAGACUUCUCUUUACACAAAUGAGCCGAAGAUGCGCAAUCAAAGUUGUUUUUUUUAUUUGUGUGAUUUUAAAUAUCUGUAUACAAUGAAAAGUUUUUGUAUGUAAUUAAAGAAACAUCUAUUUAUUUUUAAUAAAUUUAUCCCUUAAGCUUCA